AUGUCGAUGUGCAGUAAUGAUGGAUGGCUGAGGCUGACUUUGGUGUUCUUGUUUCUGGAAUUCCUCUCUUGUUCUGCCGCCACUACCGGUACCAACGGUCAAACUCCCCCUCAUAUUCUAUUUGUCUUGAUUGACGAUCUUGGUUGGGGUGAUGUCGGAUUUCAUCAACAUGAAACUACUGCUACCAAUAUGAAUCGUCGACCUGAAGUCCAGACUCCUGUCAUGGACCGUUUGGCACAGCAAGAAGGGCUCCAACUCCAUAGACAUUAUGUUCACUGCAGUUGCACGGGAACCCGCACAGCACUGCAGUCAGGACGAUUUCCAGUCCAUGUACAAACCACACUCAAGAACCCAGAAGUUCCCAGUUCGGGAAUGCCACGCAAUCUCACUGGUUUGGCAGAACACUUGAAAAGGGGUGGCUAUGCCACACAUUACGUCGGCAAGUGGGAUGUAGGAAUGGCGACACCCAAACAUACUCCCAAAGGAAGAGGCUACGAUACUUCAUUGAACUAUUUUGAACACAAGAACGACUUCUUUACUCAAGCUUGCAUGCAAUCGGUUUGCUGUAAGCAUCACAUGCAGCAACAGAACUCGGAAGGGGCAAUGAAUAACAAUCAAUCAACAAUUUACGACCUCUGGGACACCGACAAACCGGCCAGGGCGCUACAAGGUACAGACUAUGAAGAGUUCAUCUUUCAACGGAGAAUGCUUGAAGUCAUUGACAACCAUGCUGCCAAGCAGCAACAGUCACAAGAACAACAACCCUUGUUCUUGUUCUACGCACCACAUGUGGCACAUUGUCCACUCUCUGUACCAAAAUCCUACCUGGAUCAUUUUGAUUUCAUGGAUGAUGAUGAGACAUAUGAUGAUGGGGAUGCCUGCAAGGCUCAAACUCCCACCAUUGUAGGUCCAGGCGAAAAGAAACCACCAAGGUACUCCUGUCGGAAACAAUACCAUGCCAUGGUCAAAUUGAUGGAUGACAUACUUGGAAGCCUAGUAGAACGUCUUCAGAGGCACGGUAUGUGGGAAAACACUCUGAUGGUGGUAACUUCUGACAAUGGUGGACCUGUCAACCCAGAGGAGUCAGCUGCGACCAACUAUCCCUUGCGCGGCGGAAAGUAUAGUGACUGGGAAGGAGGUGUCAGGGCAACCGCCUUUAUCAGUGGUGGCUACCUUCCAAUGCACAGGCGUGGGAAGAUAUUGGAGAAACCCAUUCAUAUUUGUGAUUGGUAUGCUACGUUGCCGGCUCUGGUUGGUGUUGAUGUCAGGGAACACAAUCAGCAGGAUGUAAACACAGACAAACGAGUGCCUCCGGUGGAUGCUGUUAAUGUUUGGCCGCUCAUAGUGGCAGAUGAAGGCAGCAACAGCAGAACCAGCCAAGAGGGGGUUGUUGUGCAUACAGUGUCUCCGCGAAAAGAGAUACCCCUGUCAAAGCAUGCAUUGAUUGUAGGCAACUACAAAUUGAUCUGGAAUGAGGAAAAGCUGGUUAAUAUGGCUGGUUGGACAUAUGCAGACUACCCAACCGCUCACACCAAAGGCAAGGACGAAAUAUAUGGACAAAAGGUCAACUGCACAGCUGGUUGCCUUUUCAAUGUGCACCUGGAUCCUGGGGAACACAAGGAUAUUUCUAAAGCAAAGCCCUUCCUCCUUAACGCCAUGAAGAAGCGGCUUCUGGAACUACGCGAGGGAUUUUAUGACAACGAUGAUCGUGGAAGAGAUUCGUGCCCAAAGGAUUACAGGGAAAAUGGCAACAAUCUGCCCUGUGCUUGCUGGAUGGCAACAAACUACUAUGGUGGAUUUCUCGGACCAUACCAGGAAGUUGAUUUGUUGCCGGACUUCCUUGAAAGAUUGCAAGAAAAGGAGAAGUCUAUGCGUAGGUAG